GGAAAACAAAAAGAGAAAACAAAAAGAAAGAAAAGAAUAAGGGAAAACAAAAAAAAGAAGAGAAAGCAAAAAGGGAAAAUGAAAAAAAGAGAAGAGAAAAUGAAAAAAAGGGAAGGAAAAAUGAACAAAAAGGAGAAAAGAUGAAAAAAAGAGGAGAAAAAGAAAGAAAGAAAAUAAGAAACGAAAAGAGAAGAGAAAGACAAAAGGAAAAAGAAAAGUAG